AUGACGAUUGGAGGGUGUCUUGACUAUAUCAAUUACCAACGAGGAGAAGAAAGUAUUCCUGAAUUGGUUCCAAGAAAGCUCUCAAUUCAAAUACUGCUGCUGAAACUGGAUAUAAUACUAUAUCUAUCCCUACAACUAUGGGGCUGUUAUAUUAUAUUUAGGAGUUCACAUAGUAUAGGAACAACAUUACUUGGUGUUAAUUCACCAGUCACAUUGCCAUCACUUUGCGAAGAGGAAAAAGCAAAGUGGUGGUGUAGCUACUACUUCAUGGCCAUCACUUUGCAAGAGGGGAGGAUGCAAGGUGGUGGCAUAGCUACUACUUCAUAUCCAUCACUUUGCGAAGAGGAGAAAGCAAGGAAAAAGCAAGGUGGUGGUGUAGCUACUACUUUAUGGCUACUAUCAUCACUUUGCAAGAGGAAAAAGCAAGGUGGUGGUGUAGUCACUACUUCAUGGCCAUCACUUUGCAAGGGGAAGAGAGAGCAAGGUGAUGGCAUAGCUACACCUAGGGCUAUAGAAACAAUUACUACAUUAUUAUCAUCACUUUGCAACAAGUACGGGAAGGGACCAGAGUGGUGGUGUGCCAUCACUUUGCAACCAGAGGAGAAAGCAAGGUGGUGGUUGUGGGGCUACUACUUUAUUAUCAUCACUUUGAAAUGGAAGGAACCAAAGUGGUGGUAUAGUAGCUUCUUCUACUUGAGUGGGUACUUUUCGUUCUGCUCGAGCUGGCUAAUUUUACUGCACUAUACUGCUACCAUUUCAGAUAGUGCAGUGAUAUUUCUCGCUACUAUUUCAGAUAGUGCGAAGAUAUUCCUCGGUGUCGCCUAG